UCGGGAAUGAGUAAAAAACCUAACAAUGCGAUGCAAAACUGAAAUUGCGACUGUGUUCCCCCUCAGAGACAGAAUGCUUUUGACAUCGUUCUCCCCACUGCUCCUCCUCCUACUAUUCUCUCAAGAUGUGCGGAGCUAUGAGGCACCCGUUGAUAAGCAGGAUGUGUUUGCUAGAAGACCCUGUCCUGCAUUCUUGACCUUCAGCAAUGCUGCCUAUCAGUCUGGAGUCACUGUGGAGCUGCCCUGCCACUGCAAACCACAAAAGGCCCAGUCGGUUGUGUGGUUCUUUAGAAAACAUCUGGCUGGCUCCCAGGAGACCAGAGCCCUUUCUGAUUACCAUGGCAACAAGCUACUGGACAGCAGUCAGGUUCAUCACAGCAGAGACCUUCGGAGUCGAUUCUCCAUCCAGCUCUUCAGCCUGCUUAUUUUCAGAGCGGGGCCUGACGACUCAGGCAUAUAUAUCUGCGGCUCCGCCCACAAAGACUUCUUCUAUGGUUACGACCUGGACAUCCAGGAAGUGCACAAGCUCAGCUUCACUCCGAGGUUCAAUCCAAAAAGUGUGAAAAAGAAAACACCUGGCUCUCCUCCGCCACUGUACCGUGUCUUCACCAGCUUCCGGCCCUGGUCGGUGUGUGAUCGCUGUGGGGUGCCAGGGGAGCAGGUCAGAGUAGGACUCUGCAACGUCCACUCGCGCUUCCUGCAUGUGCGCUACAGACGCGCCAAUCAGACAGUGGCUUCAUGCGGUUCAGGGGCGGUGCCUCGGGCUUUCAGCAAUCUCAAGCAAAGAAAUGUUGGUGCUACGUUGGAGGUCAAAGGCUGUCAAGUAACUUGUGCAUCUCACGGCCCUCCUUCCUCGAAACUACUCGCUCUGAUGGCAUUUCUUGGGUACAGUUCUGCCUCCCGACCAGUGGAUGUGCCAGUGUUCUUCCUGAAACACCCAGCAGAACGUGUACUCUCCCUGGGGUGCCCCGGGGCUCAGCCUAAUAUGGCUGUGGCCUGGGACCGAGGACAAGAACCCAUCUACCGAUUUGAGCACUCUGCAGGUGGUAACCUCAGUGUCACACCCCCCAGGCUGCUGAUCGACACUGGGCACCACCUGGUGUUUCAACCGGCAAAAACAGAGGACUCAGGUGUCUACUACUGCUGGCUGCAGGGCCACCGGGCCUCUGAGAUACGUUUACUGGUUUAUGCCCACUUAGGGCGUGGCCAGUCAGUGUGGUCACAUCCUGACCUGCCAAUAGCCGUGAAGACGGUGUUAAAGACAUAUGCUGCCAUGACUGCUGUGUUUUGCCUGCUGGUACUCAUCAAAGCUGCAAUCAAACACCGCAGAGACACAGCAGACACACACGUGGAUUAA